UCGAAUCGGUGCCGCGCGCGCAGGAAGGCUGAUGAUCAUCACAGAGUCGUCACGUCACGGAUCCGCAGCGACCGAUAGAGAUGCUGAGGUGACAGGCAGAAGGAGAAAAGGGACGACCACAUAUCAGACAUAUUUCACCCUCCGCUCGUUUAUCUCGCACCAACCAACCGCGACCACCUCCGUCACCACCUCCACCUCCACCACCGCCUCCACCUCUCCUCCAUGGACGGUCCGCUCGCUAUGGGAUUCCGCUCGAUGUCGUCCCCGCCGCCUCCAAACGUAGCGGAUUUUUUGUAACCACACCCGGCUCUUCAUUGGAUCAGGGAUUGGCAGCAAAGACCCGAGGGUUCUCCAUCAAGGCCCAAAUGCCCGUCCAAGUCUGAGGCCACUGGUCGAGGGGGGAAGCAGUGAGGACAGCGUCCCUGGUCCACAGACGGGAUGAGCGGGGGAGCGGAGCAAACUGACAUCCUAAGCGUGCUCUCCCUGGUCAAGGAACGAUGGAAAGUGGUGAAGAAGAUCGGGGGCGGCGGGUUCGGGGAGAUCUACGAGGCGCUGGACCUGCUGACGCGGGUCAGCGUGGCGCUGAAGGUGGAGUCGGCCCAGCAGCCCAAACAGGUGCUCAAGAUGGAGGUCGCCGUGCUCAAGAAGCUCCAGGGUAAGGACCAUGUGUGUCGCUUUGUGGGAUGUGGCCGCAACGACCGCUUCAACUACGUGGUGAUGGAGCUUCAGGGUCGUAACCUGGCAGACCUGAGGAGGAGUAUGACCCGGGGAACCUUCAGCAUCAGCACCACCCUGCGUCUGGGCCGCCAGAUCCUGGAGGCCAUAGAGAGCAUCCACUCUGUCGGCUUCCUGCAUCGUGACAUCAAACCAUCCAACUUUGCAAUGGGCCGCUUCCCGAGUACCUGUCGGACCUGCUACAUGCUGGACUUUGGUUUAGCUCGCCAGUUCACCAACUCUUGCCAGGAGGUCCGACCUCCCCGUCCAGUGGCAGGAUUCAGGGGAACAGUCCGCUAUGCAUCUGUCAAUGCUCACAAGAAUAAGGAGAUGGGUCGUCACGAUGACCUGUGGUCUCUCUUCUACAUGCUGGUGGAGUUUCUGGUCGGUCAGCUGCCGUGGAGGAAGAUCAAGGACAAAGAACAUGUGGGGAAGCUGAAGGAUACUUACGACCAUCGUCUGAUGCUCAAACACUUGCCGGCAGAGUUUGGCGUGUUCUUGGAGCACAUCUCAAGCCUCGACUAUUUCACGAAGCCGGAUUACCAGCUGCUGAUGUCAGUGUUUGACAACAGCAUGAAAACCUACAAUGUCGUGGAGAAUGACCCUUAUGACUGGGAGCGAACUGGCACUGAUGGCACUUUGACAAUCAGUGCCAGUGCCACAACACCGCAACAUCACACCCGCCUCACUCCGGCACACAUGGGCAUGGCGAAUGCCUCUCUGAUCCCUGGCGACCUGAUGAGGGAAAACACAGACGAGGUUCUGCAGGACGAACAGCUCAGCGACGUGGAGAACAACCCCGCUCCGGAGCGCCUGCCGGGCUCUCCCCUUCACCCUCACCGCAACCAGGAGGCUGACGUCUGGGAGGAGCUGGACCGCAACCGUAACCGCAUCAGGACAGCAGUGUGGAAGGGGGCAACGGAGGAGGAACACAGCAACAACCAGGGCAACCACGGACACCAGAGCCCCUAUGCUGGGCCAAGCCUGGGCUCCCCAGUCAAACUGCCCUCUGAGGUGGUGGCUUCAGACCGUGAUGGCCCCCUGUUGAGGAAGCUCCGCAAUAUUCACAGUUUUGAGCUGGAGAGGAGGCUUGGUCUGGAGUCCAAGCCCAGUCCAGACCGCUUCGUGGAGGCCUGCUCAGGGAAGCAGCAGCUUGGCGCCCAGCACCAGGAGAAGGAGGCUGACGGGCCUGCGAUCAUCCCAGUAACUCAGGGUCAAGCUGUACCUGCCGGGGAGCGGCCUGAUAGGGUCUGGCACUACGAUGAGGAGUUCUUGUCUGGCGGUGGCUCUCCCAAGCCGGCAUCCUCUGGAUCUCUGGAGCAGGGAGAGGGGGCAGCCAGCAGUGGGGGCUUUGUGGCCCUCAAUCUGAGCUCUGGGAGGCAGGACGUUGACUCAAGGGAGUGGGUGAUGGUGGAGCGGCCUGGUGGCUCUCCAGGAGCCAAGGUUACAACCAGCCCCUCGGAGGAGGAUGAGGAGCCGGAGGUGCUCCAGCCGGGGGAUCAGUCUCCUGGAUGGGAAAAGGGCAGUCCAAGCCCUAACUCUGGUAAAACCAAACAAGAAAGCAUGGCUUCCUCCAAGGGAAGCACAAAAGUGGACAAGUUGGAGCUUAGCGUGGGCCCUGCGGGGGCUCUGCCUCCCAUCACUCCAACCAGCCCAGCUGAAGCUCUGGCUGAGGGAGUCCUCACCCAGCUCCCCACCUCUCCUCCAUCCCUGCCUGAGGAGGUGGCGAUCCGGACAUCAAGCCCCAUCCCUCUGCGCUCUCCCAGCCCUCACACACUCCUGACCACCCUGUCGGACCCGUUGCACCUGCGCCAGCCGCCGAACAUGAGGCGCAGCCAGUCCGUCGACCAUCAGCAACAGGAGCGCCCCUCCUCCUCCUCCUCCUGCCACGCCUCCCUACCACUACCACCAAACCCCGCCCCCGGCACCUGCUCACCCAGUCGCAGGAAACUGCCGGCCAUCCCGGCGGGCGCUGCCAACGCCAAGUUUCCCUCUGUCAUACGCAUCACUCGCGCCCAGCUUCAGCAGCUGACGGCUCAGCGUCCCUCUGGGCUGUCCUCGCAGUCAGGAUCAGACAGUGCUCCACAGUGCCUCCUGCUGGAGAGGCGUGGUGAAGCUGAAGCUGAGGCUCAGCAGGUGCAGGAGCACACAGCGGACAUCAGUUCACCCCAGGACCAUGUGCCCACCCAUCCAGGGACACCCACAGACCCCCUGGCUGAGAUGCUGGUCAAUGGAGACAUCCACAGCAAAGCUCAAAGCCCCGCGUCAAACCGUGUGUCUUCCCCACGCUCCCCCCGUUCUCCACUCCCGCCUCCUCUGCGCUCACCUUCCUCUCCACGCUCUCCACGCUCUCCACGCUCUCCCCACUCUCCUCGCUCCCCUCGCAGCCCUGAUCUUGCCAACGGCCACCUCUCUCCUCCUGUUAACAGCCAAAGGGAUUUAAGUAAUGGAGCAUUCCCCAAGCUGAAAGACCCUGAGAAUGAUCCCGGCCCGACUCCCUGUGCCACAGAGCCUCAGCUAGAAGAUGGGAGCAGAGAUGUGAACCACGCCUCAGAUCAGACCAACGGACCCACUUCCUCCCCGGCUGCCCCCCGUAAGGACCCUAGUCGAAGGCAAAGUCGCAUCCCAGUCCUGGAGCCCUCCAGCCUGCUGGAGCUCCCUCCUCCAGGGUCUGCUAAGGAGAAACUCCUGCAGAAGAAAGCUAACCACCCGGGCCCGGUCCCCUCCCCCACUGCCUCACCAUCCCUCUCUGAUAGGCGUGGCCCCAUGGUGGCCUCCCUCGCCCGGGACCCGCUGUCCUCCACAUCUGACCGCUCUCAGGACGAGGACUCUAUCAUGGGCUCCCGUUCUGACCGCCAGGGAGAUGAUGCUCCUUCCCUCUCCUCCUCCUCCAGCCCUCUGUCCCGCAAGAGCAGGAUCCCUCGCCCCGUUCACCCAGCUACGUCCGCUGAGCAGCUGGCUGCGCAAUUCCUGCCGCGCCCACCCCCUGGAAAGCCACCUUGCCGCCCCACAGCGGAGGGCAGGCUUAGGCGUUACCGCAUCCAAGCCGGCAGCAACAGUGACUCAGACCUCCUGACAUGCCUUGCUCAGCUGAUGCAUGGCUCCCGUGGCUCCCCCCUCCACCACCGCUCUGCAGCCCAGCACGGAGGCUCCAGGAUGGGCAUCUGCAGCCUGACGAGCUCCCCACACCACCACCGCAGCUCCAGCGCUUCCCCGCGCAGCUCCUCCUCCCUGCAGCGCUCUGUCAGCUCCUCGCCCUCCCGCCACGAGCACCGCGGUGGCGGGGGAGGGGGUUGCCUGGGCCGCAGCCGCUCGCCCCCCAGCUUCUCCGGCUCGCCGCCCCCCCGCCGCUUCUACCCUCACCACCAGGAGACUUGCUGCAGCCGCCAGGCUCGCACGGGCCCCUUCCACCUGUCCAGGGGGAAAGGCUGCAGCCGAGAGGGCAAGUGCUCCAGCAAGCUGAGCAGAUAGUUGCCCACCAAGCUGCGCUGCCACAGCAGAGGAGACUCCUGUUAAAAUAGGGUAGACCGCAGUCAGGAUACAAGCCUUCCUGUAGUCUUCCUGUACAAGUUUCCCUUUUUGAACCUUACACUUGUCUCGCUGUUUCCCACUGUUCUCUUCACUUCUAUUUGCACACAGGAUUUGUCAUUAAUUUAUGUGCCCAGCUUUAAAGGGGUACUCCAGCGAUUUAGUAUUGCACUUCCAUAGUUUUUGGACUUGUUUGAAAAAGAAUGAUCAAAAUUUGUGCAGCAGAAGCCAAUAUAUCCUGACUUUUAGUUGGUUAAACUCUAAGAAUGUUGGUUCCUACUAGGGAUGCACCGAUAUGGACUUUUUCAACUGAUACCAAUAACUAGGGAUAGACCGAUAUGGAUUUUUUAGACUGCCGAUUUUCUUGAGCCGAUAUUUGGGGCCGAUACUGCUUUUGCUCCCUCAAUUUACAUAAAAAAAAAAUGACACAAUGAUAACAAAUAUUACAGGUCUCAAGUUUAAAAUAAGAAACAUUUAUUGAACAGUAAAAAAUACUAAAACAAGAUGGAAAGUUGAGGUAGAACAGGUAGAAUAUUAUUAUUAUUAUACAUUCAAAUAAAAAAAAGAGUUCAGUGCUCUUAAAUCAUCCAGUAAUGUCUUUAUAAAAUAAACAAAUAUUUAAGCUGAAGCAUAAAUAAAACAACAACUACUGUACACAGUAGGAUUCAACAGCUUUGUUCAACUUAACCACAUACUUUCAAAUGAAAAAAAGUGCCAGGGAAAAAUAAAUCCGCGCACCCACCCGCGUAUAGGCUGAUGCCGAUACAAAUAAAAAACUCAAAUAUCAGCCCGAUAUAUCGACUGGCCGAUGUAUCGGUCUAUCCUUACCAAUAACCGAUAAUUACCUGCUUCUCAUGGCCGAUAACCAACGUUAACCGACAAUUUCACAUAUUUGUUUUUAAAACGAGGUGUAUAUCCUGUACUGUAUGUCCACCUGAGGGUAAGAAAGGCUCAGAUGUAAUGAGAAUAUGGAUGAUUUAGUAUUCCAUAGCCCUGACCGAACCAAAUCAAACUGACAUCACUAUUAACACAACAAAAACAAAGAACAGUUCUGACUUUUCCAUACCUGCUAAAAUUAGGCUGUGAAAAAGAUAGAGAUUUUUUGGGGUGUUGUCAAAUGGCCUACCCUCAACGCCCCUGCCCCCAUACAACCCUACACUACAGAUGAAUAUGAUAAAUGAAUGUAAAAUGUCUCUAAAUCAGUUUUAAAUUUAUAGGUAACGGUAAGAGAGAGGGAGAUUAUGAAGCCCAGUGUUACUGUGUAAUUCUCUGGUGUAUCAAUAAAGUGUAUAAACUACACCGCAGAGUGAAGUCUCUACUAACAGAGACAAGGGAUGUUCCUGGCGACUAAUUUCCUUACUCGAGCAUUACCACGGGGAGAGGGACUGCUGUCUGACGGCUCUGUAGCACCCACUAGUGGCGGGCGG